GUCUCCUCCCUGGGCCAAGUGAAACAGACGGAGCGACCGCAGGCAGUCCUCCUUGUGUCCGUAGAGCAGAUCAGUGCUACUCAGAGCCGAUGGCGAACCGAGGGCCGAGUUACGGCCUGAGCCGUGAGGUGCAGGAGAAGAUCGAGCAGAAGUAUGACAUGGAGCUGGAGGCUCGACUCGUGGACUGGAUCGUGGCUCAGUGUGGAGGCGACCUGCAGCGCCCGCAGCCUGGCAAGCAGAACUUCCAAACCUGGCUCAUGGACGGCACGAUUCUUUGCCGACUCAUUAACAGUCUCUACCCGAGCGAGAUGCAGCCCAUAAGGAAAAUUCCUGAAACCAAGAUGGCUUUUAAGCAGAUGGAGAAAAUCUCUCAGUUCUUGCAGGCUGCAGAAGCUUAUGGUGUUACCAGAGGAGACAUUUUCCAGACUGUUGACCUGUGGGAAGGGAAGGACAUGGCUGCCGUCCAGAGGACACUCAUGGCUCUGGGAAGUGAAGCUCUCACCAAAGACGAUGGUCAUUACCAUGGCAACAAGGACUGGUUUCGCAGGAAAGCCAAAGGCCACAGGAGGGAGUUCUCAGAGGAGCAGCUACGGCAGGGCCGCACUCUGAUCAGCCUGCAGAUGGGCAGUAACCGCGGCGCGUCUCAGGCGGGUAUGACAGGCUACGGCACACCUCGACAGAUAAUGCGCUAUGACUCACCACGACGCAAUGGAGAACCAAGCUCCCCCUAAAACCUCGCUCACAAUGGUUUAAUCCUGAACCCCAAAUCAGAUCCAGAGCUCUUCCUUUAUGUUUCUUUUUUUUUACUAACGGUUCACACCUUGUUUUCCUUUCCUCUUCCUUAAAUUCCCUAAAUUCCUUCCUUUAAGUUCCUUCAAUUAUAUUGAGAAAUACAAAACACAUCUUCGCUAACCAACACGUGCUUGUAGUUAACCACAAAGCUAGACAAAGCUGUGAGCUACACUUGUCUGUUCAGCACUAACAGGAUACAGACCAAUGUAUUUUAAUAAACAGCAAUAUUUAGCUUUUUUUUUUUUAGCUGCCAUGUGUUUAACACCGAGUUGCUAAGUAGCUCGCUAGUUGGCUAAAUCUGUUCACAUGCUAGUCAGUGACCUGCUCUCUUUGCACUUCAAUUUAAUGAAGCAAAAGAUUGUCGUUUAUUUUUUUUUUCUCUUCAAGAAGGAUUUUGUUAGCAAUAUAUAUAAUAAAAAGAAAACAGAAAUGUAAAACUAAAACAAAAAUGUUAAAGGAAAGAGGCAGAAAAGAUUUUAAAAAAAUGCAACUGUGCAUGAAACAUUUACAACAAAAUAGGAAUGAAUGCAUUAAAAAAAAGAUCUAACUCGAACUGUAACAACAACAUGGCGUCCUAGCUAACAAUCAACACCAUUUUUUUUACUAUAACUCAGGGGAAUGAGAAACAAAUAAAGGCUAAAUGAACACCUUUAUCGCUAGAGGUGUCAAGAAAAUCACAGGAGUUUGUGGUGGCUAAAGUUAGCAAAGUAGGGUUUUAAAAGCUAGCAAAAUGUAGCUAAAUUUACCACGAGGUACACGCUAGCUAAAGUUACCACAAGGUUACUGAUUGUAUGUCAAGUGGAUGUAAUAGGAUCUAAGAUGCUAGCUGAAGUUACCACAGGCCCAGUGCUAUUUGCAUAACUUACCAGUAGGAGUUUAUUGCCAAAAAGCUAAAGUAAAAACAUGUAGUUACUAUUAGCCUUCUAAAUCCACCACCACAAGUCAUUGCUAGCUAGCCAUUCCAAAAUAUUUAUUACCAGCUAGCUUAAUUAGCCACAAGUAGUCAUUUUUAGCUAUCAUUGUUAGCAUUGGUAGCUAAAAAUAAUACAAAUAUUCACCGCUAGUUAAAAAAUAAACCUCGAGUAGUUACGAUCUGCUGUGUUAAAAAUACCACAUGAAGUUGUUAGAUAAAGUUAUCAAUAAUUGAAUGAAGCCUGUUGUGAGACAGCUGUUUGAUAUCUUUAUUGGGUUUAUUCGUCACUACUGCUAGCUAGUUACAAUUACCACAGAAUAUUAUUCUUGGGCACUUUAAUAUUUUUUAAACUAUUAUUUCUCUUCCUGUUUAAAAUAUUUAGAAGUAACCGGGUAUAUAAUCUUCAAUACGUGGCCUUGAGAUUGGAUACUUAAGGCUAAAACGAUAGCGUUUCCUCACAGUAUUAAUCCGUGGUUUUGUAAUAUUUCAUUAGUACUUCUACAUGGCACUAGAAAAUAAUGACUUUAAUGUGUUACAAAGCCAUAGCGUUAUAAUUCAUUCCGUAAUAGAAGCCAUAUGAAGCUGUUGCACUCUGUAACUGUUUUAUUGCAAACGAUAUCGUCAGUAUUAUAAUUGCCAUCUUUAAACUUCUUCAUCGGAUAGAUAUUGCUGUCAUACUGUACAUUUGUUUUUAGUUGGAGAUUCACAUUUUUGUGUUUAAUUCCAAACGAUGUCAAACUGUCUCUCAAAUAGUGUAGGUGCAACUAACUUGCUGAAGUUACCACAGUAUCAUGAAACUAGUUAGCCAAAUUGUUAAAGGAAUUUACUGAGACGUAGCUAAAGUUACCAGAGGAUUUUACUACUUGCUAACUCGCUAAGUCACCAGAGGAUUCUGCUCCUAGUAAAAUAAUUUUAAUGUAUAUUACAUUUUUUUUUUCUAGCUAGCUAACUAAAGUUACCACAGGAUUUUACCACUGACUAACUAAAGUCAUAUUGAAUUACGUUUCUAAUGAUUCUAGCUAGGGUGACACGGUGGCUUAAUGAUGUCGGCCUGCACCUCCAGUGGUUGGGUUGGAUUCCCGAUCAGGUUCGAUUCCCGCCUUUGUGUGCAUGGAGUUGGCAUGUUCUACCCGUGCUUGGUGGGUUAGGGUUAGGGUUUCCUCCUGCAGUCCAAAAGUUUGUGGGAUGAAGAUUAGGCUAAUUGGUGUUACAAAGUUGCCAGUAGUGUUUGUGUCUUGCGAUAAUUGGCACCCUGCCCAGAGUGUACCCUAAGUCUCCUGGGAUAGGCUCCAGGCCCCCCAUGACCCUGUAUACAGUACAUCAGUACAUGAUAAAAGCGCUGUAGACGAUGAGUGAGUGAGCUAACUUUUUAUGGUAGAGGGCUAACUAACUAGGGCUAAUUAUUUUUUGUGUGUUUUUCUGAAGUUAUCCUUCUAUGGAGAACUGUUUUGUUUCCCUGUAUGAAAGGGAUCAAGUGAAACGUUUAAAACUCCUGCAAUACCAUUAGCUAACUAGGAGUAGAAUUUGCUAGUAAUUUCAGCUAGCUAGUAGCUUUGGUGUCCGUUUUCUAAGAGAUUAGCUCAGUGGCAUAUGAAAACAUGAAUGAUGUGCUAGAACUGUAAAAAGAACAUUGGAAAUUCGAAUGAGUUAUGCAUUAUAAAUAUAAAUCGGUUAUAUCCUAAGCCUUCUGUAUUUUGUCCUUAAACAGAAAUCAUUAAAGUUUUUAUCAACUAUUUGACCAGAUUAUAAGGAAAAAAUAAACACCCCUUAGAACAGAAAACCUAUCCAAAGAACGUUUGAUGAACCCUAUUAUUACUCUCGCACGUCUCGUGCUCUAAACACUAUAUUCAUCAGUCUUUAUUUACUGUAGUUGCGUUCUUUAAACCCAGAACCUGUUAAAUGUCAGAGACUUUUCCAACAUUCCAAAAACAGAUUGUUAGGAUGUCACAGUGAUGGAGGUGUGUCUGCGAUCGUGAACUCACACACUGUUCUCUGUGCUAGUAGUGUACGAGUGCUAGUGUAUGUAGCCCAAUGUAGGGGACUGUGCGAGUAAUGGUUUGGGAUAACAGACGCGUUCCGUCACAUAAACCCCAUUGCAAAUGGGAGUAUAAUCUUGUCAGGUACAUACAUGUUAAAUUGUAACUGUAUCACCAAUCUUCCACAACAUUAACCUCACCGCCAAUUAUAUGCCAUUUAUAAACUGGUGACAGGAUCACGGGCACACAAGGCUCAUCCAUGCUCGUUGGAACCAAAGGCCAGCCUAUCUAGUCCAAUCCCCCAGAAAAGCCAAUUGGAUAAAAACUGAGGUAAUGCGUAAAUGCUGGUAACAAUAGAAAAGCCCAGAACACCACGACCCAGUGCAUACGGGGUUCAGCAUGCGAAGAGUUAAAGCAUGUCGACCAAUCGCUCGAUCCCCGCAUCCCACAGAACCUGAAGCUUCUGCAGGCUAACAUAAUGGGGCCUUGAGGUCUUCUGAAGUCAUGCCCUGAGGGGUAAGAGCUGUCCUAGGAGCAAACGGGGAACGUCCACAAUGCUGGGCUUAAUGUUAUGGCUGAUCGGUAUCUAAUAAACAGCACCUCAGAUUAGAGCAGUUAUGAAGGUGUUACAGAGCAUAUGAAAUAAAAAACAUGGAAUUUAAAGGUUACGUGUCCAAACCUUUGACUAAUAGUGUAUGUAUAUCAGUGAUUAUAUGGACAUUUGCUCUUUAUUUUUGUAUUACUCUCUCCCAACAAAAGUUGAUAAGAUUUCUUUUUAUAAUUAUACUCACAUGCCAGUCGAUGUAUUAGUCUUUUUACACUUUUUUUUCCUUUAAACGUAAGGAAAAGAUGAUGUAUUAUUUUAAAUGAUUGUAUGGUUUUACAUGUUAAAGGAGUACUGUUUAAUGUUGUCACAGUGGGGAUGUGCCGAUUCUCCAUACUGUAGGAAUUCGAUCUGCUUUAGUAUACAGUAGUCACUUGAUCUAAAGGGUACAUAAUUACAUUUUGCCAUUUUAGACCUAAAUCAGCUGAUCUAUAGUAUCAGAUCGGUGCAUCGUGUGUGAUAAAUAUAAAUAUAUAUAUAUAUAUAUAUAAAGAUAUCUUGCUGCAUCAUUAUUAAUUUGAACAGUUAUCAUUACUUCCUAUAACUGUACAGGUAUAAAUGCUUUGUUAAAUGUCAAUAAAUCUGUUUUAAUUUC